CAAGAAUAAUAUAGAUGCUCUUCAUCAAUCAUCACACACUCAUCUAGAGAGAGAGGAAUUUUGGAUUAGGGAGAUGGAGGGGAUGAGAGAGAUCGCGAGAUCCUACUACGAGAGAGCAAGCGAGGCCGAGAGGGAUUCGAUCACGCAAUCCUUCGCGAAACUCGACGUGGACGGCGACGGGAGGAUAAGCCUGGCGGAGUUCAAGAAAUCGGUGAGCUCGUGGCUGCGCGCGGAGGCCGUGUUCGAGAAGCUCGACGGCAACGGCGACGGCUGCCUGGAUUUCGACGAGUUUCUGUGCCUUCACUACAUGGAGAAGAAAGUGGACAUAGCCAGAUGCGGCGGCUGCUGGGAUCUGCUGGUGGGCCCCUACUUUUCCUGCUUGCUUUGCAUGGGAAGAGGCGCCGACACCUAUGACUUGUGCUGUUCUUGCUACCGCCACGCCGCUUUUGAACAUGAGCACUCCGCUCAGUACAUGAUGGAUCAUCACUCUCUGCUCAUGGUGUUCAGGAGCCGCACCGCUGCGGCUGAAAAAUCUCAAAAUAAGAAAGAAAUGGAAGAAUUACGCGAAAUCGCAAGAGCCCAUUACCGAGCCGGAUCUCCACAAGUGCAAGCACUAGCCUACGAGUUCUACCAAUCGAUGGACUCGGAUGGAGACGGCCGAGUCGAUCUCUCGGAGUUCCUAGCCUUCAUGAGGCAGGAAGGCUACUCCUACAUGCAAAACACUAAUUUCUUCGACGAGCUCGACCUCGACGGCAACGGCACCCUCGACUUCUCCGAGGUCAUGACGCUCUACUACAUCAUCAAGAGCGGCCGCCCCUUCUGCGACUGCUGUGGAAAAUUCAUCCCGGGAAUAUUCUUCUCGUGCGUCGAGUGCUUCAAGAAUCCCAAAACAUCGUUCGAUCUGUGCCGUGAUUGCUACCGUGCGGCGAGGUGCGAUCAUAAUCACGGCGGUCGGGCUCAGUUUUUGGACAACCAUACAUUGUUGCAAGCUAUGAGAGAUUCUGCUCUUGCACAGGCGUCGGGGGUAAAUGUUAAUGAGGCAUGGAAUAGACCCACAAAUGCCAUAGUUCCAUUACAACAUGAUACAAUCUAUAUCCACAAUUCGUACCCGACGUACAAUACAUACAUGGCACAUGAUCCUCAUAAUGCAAUUGUUCCAGCAUCAUCAAAUUCAAAUUGGAGCAAAUGGAGGGUUGCACUUAAUGCAUUUGAAUUAGCACUCAGCAUUGGGAGCGUUUCCAGCACCCUCUGCACUAUUUUGUGACAAUGUGAGAGGCAAAUAAAUACAGAGGGAAAAGGGGAAAAAAAUGUGCAUUUCCUUCUUGGCUUUUUUUUUUUUUUUUUGGAGAGACUUUCGCUUUUCUUAUUGAUGUGGAACUAGUACAAUAUUGUACAGUCGGAGAAUUUUGAUUGGACUUUUUUUUUUCUUUUUUUUGAAAAUAUAUGAGAAAUUUGGCGAUUGUGUGGGUGCUAA